CGGAGAGGGUACUGUACAGUCUGUACUUACGAGACCUGGCCUCUGAAGUCUGAAGCACUAAAAAUGCUUCCGAGGACAUUGUUGACAAACUUGGGAGGAUCUGCAGUGCUAUCCGUACCCUCUGUUUUGCCCUUUUUUCUCCAACCAAGCAUUUCUAUCUGCAGAGUUUGCAUUCGGACUGCCAUUAUUGGGUCUCCAAAACUGAGCAACCAACGAGUUUUGAGCACUCGGUGCGCUGCGAGGAGGAGAGUGAGAUAUGACGAUGACGACGACGACGACGACGAAGGAGAUGAAGAAUACGGGCACAAAGAGGAAAUUGCGAUGUUGGAAUUAUAUAGCCAGUCUGCAAGGGGAGAAGCGCUCAUUGUUCAUGCAAUGGUGGAUGAGGAGGAAGUGGAGGUGCUCAUCUUCAAGGGAUUCUCUUCAUGCUUGAGCGGUAGAACCCCACCAGAUCCAUCAAGAAGUGUUCUUCCUGCUAGGGCAGUGAUAAAAUCCAUAGACAUAAUUAAAGGACCUUUCGACCCGUCUAAUACAGAGUACAUUCGGAAAGGUCUAACAUGGGAAGCAUUUAAGACCAGUCUCCUAGCCACUUAAACAGUUGGAGCAUCAUAGUGUUCCCAUAAAUCCCUCCACCCUGUGGAAGGUUCCGAGUAUCUUUAAGAAAAACCGAUGAGAUUCUUCGUCGCAAUCCUUACACUUAAACUUCCAUUGUCCAAUAUGAGAUGCAGUUGAUUAUUUUUUA